AUGAUUGAGAGCAACUCCAAGAUCCUCAUUACUGGAGGAUCUCAAGGAAUUGGUAGAGCGCUUGCUCGGCACUUUGCAGAAAAAGGUCACAAAUUGUUCUUACUAGAUGUGAACAAGGAAGGUCUUCAGCACACAGCAGAGAAACACUUGGAAAAGUACUCCGACAGAGUAUCAUGGGCACAAUGUGACCUAUCAGACACCAACGCCAUUCGAGAUACUGUGAAGAAGGCAGCAGAUUAUCUGGGCGGAAAGAUUGACUUCUUAAUCAACAAUGCUGGAAUUUCGUACCCAUACUGGCCGGAGAACAAGACCAUGGAGGACCCUUCGACGUUGGAUAUGUGGAAGAAAUACGUCGAUGUCAACUUGACUGGCAACUUUGCUCUGAGCCAAGCCGCAAUUCCAUACAUGAAAGUCGACCACAAAGAUUCGGCGAACAAGCUGCCAGGUUCGAAGGUCGGUACUGCUGGACCAUGUAUCAUCAACGUCAGCAGUUUCCGUGGCGUUAUCAGUGAUCCCAACCAAGAGGGAUAUGCCGCUUCCAAAGCUGGUCUGAUUGGUCUAAGCACUGCCAUGGCUGUCAGUCUGCAACACUUUGGUAUUCGUGUCAACACCAUCUCACCUGGUCGUAUCAAGGUUACUCACGAGAACAAGGAAGGAGACGACAAGGAUCAGGGCUGGGAGCAUGAUGAGGACGAUGAGGAAACUCAUGCAACUAACCGAGCUGGCAUGCCCGAGGACAUCACCGAAGCAGCAGAGUACAUUCUAGGUGCUGGUUUCGUUACUGGACAGAACCUGGUCGUCGACGGUGGCGUGACCAUCAUGAAGGGAAAGGCAUAG